AUGUUUUGCAAUCGCCCGGUCAUAGGCUGGAAGAGUGCCUCCUGUUAUCUACGACAAGACCUUCGAGACUGCGAGAGUCGGUACGGGUUUCAGUCAAACCCGCCGUCGAUGUCGUCCACGGCGUGCCGUAAUUACGACGACUUUCGCAAUUGUGUGGUCCGUAUAGUCCGACAGUCGUGUUAUACAAACGACUUGCAAAUGAUAUCGACAUAUCUGGUCGAUAAGGCACAGGAGUUGAGCUGGUCUUGCGUUGUGAGUCCCGAUUACGACGGCAGUCGAUACGAUAGCAACUAUGAUCGCGACCGCAAUCGUGAUUAUAACCGCGAUCGCGACCAUAACUACGGCAGUAAUCACGGCAGUGCCUACGAUCGGGACCGGUAUGACAACCGGGACCGGGACCGGUACGAUAGAGACCGAUACGAUCGCGAUAGGGACAGGUCACCGUACGACCGGGACAGGGGAUAUGGCAGUGGCUAUGAUAGCAGGGGUGGUUCCGGGGAUUGUCUGGAAAAUGUGGGCUAUUUCUUGCGGAGCUGCGAAGACCAGCUGACCCAACGGCAGAGGGACGCCCGGGACUACCAGAAUCGUAACCCUAGCGACUCCCAGCGCCGGAUGUGUUGCGCGUUGUAUUACUAUAGGGAUUGCGUGAGUCGACUGGUGCAGGACAGGUGUCGAGACCCGACCCCAUACGCUGUGGACAUACUAAUGGGUUCCCGCAAACGAGAUCUAACGUUCACGUGUCGGGACUAUUCCCGCGACACGUGUUCCCAUUCAAGCGUAACC